GCAGAGGGAGGAGUGUGGUUGGGUGUUGAUGCCGGCAAACGGCCGCGGCGGAGAGUGGUCGCGCGGCCGGGUCCACUUCACUCCGGACGGUGGGGUAGUAGGAGCCUGGGAGGGCCAAGUGGCGGGGCAGCGGAGGGUCUGACUCCCUGCAUUGGGAGCAGGGAGCAUUACCAUAGCAAGGGCCGAUUGAGCAGGGAGGAGAUGGGCGGGGAAGGAUCGUAGUUGGCGGGCAGGCGACCAUUGUUGCCGUUGUUUCAGAGCAGGACAGCACUUCACUCAGCUAACCCUAUAUUGUGAAGCAGGAGUAGUCGUAGUAGUAGUAGGAGGAGGCGCAGGUGGAGGUGGAGGUGGGGGGGGGAAGAGGUGGAGUGGAGUGAAAGAACAGGAAGAAAAGAGAGAGAGAGAGAGAGAGAGAGAGAGAGAGAGAGAGAGAGAGAGAGAGAGAGAGAGAGAUUAGGCAAGAUGAAGCCGGCGGCGGCGGCCACCCCGCCGUCAAAUCCGAGUCCUUCUUCCAAAGGGGGUGCGUCAGCCACCACAGCUUCUGCGGCAAAGCUUCCGUCAACGUCUCCUUCCUUGCUGGCGUCCCUGUCUGAAUUCUCUCUGACGACGAAGCAACAAGAGCUGGUCAUUCGCAUCUCCAUCCUGGUGCUAAUCUACAUAUUGGCCUUCGCGAUACGAUUGUUCAGCGUUCUGCGGUAUGAAAGCGUUAUUCACGAGUUUGAUCCGUACUUCAACUACAGAACGACCGUGUUUUUGACGGAGAAAGGCUUUUAUGAGUUCUGGAACUGGUUUGACCAUGAGAGCUGGUACCCGCUUGGGAGAAUCAUCGGUGGGACUUUGUACCCAGGUCUGAUGGUGACGGCGGCGCUGAUCUACUGGGUCUUGCAGGCAUUGACCUUCACAGUGCAUAUCCGGGAAGUGUGUGUUUUGACGGCGCCCUUCUUUGCGUCAAACACGGCUCUCGUUGGCUACUUUUUCGGGAAAGAAUUGAGAGAUUCAGCUACGGGACUAAUCGCUGCCGCCUUUCUUGCGAUAUGCCCGGGGUACAUCUCUCGCUCUGUCGCCGGAUCGUAUGACAAUGAAGGGGUUGCCAUCUUCGCGCUGGUCUUGACGUUUUACCUCUUCGUGAAGGCGGUCAACACCGGGUCCUUGUUCUGGUCAACGAUGGCAGCGCUAUCCUAUUUUUACAUGGUCUCGGCCUGGGGAGGGUACAUCUUCAUCAUCAAUCUGCUGCCCGUUUACGUACUCGUGUUGCUUGUGUGCGGGAGGUAUUCUUCUCGUCUUUAUGUCGCCUACAGUACACUCUAUAUCUUGGGCACCCUGCUCGCCAUGCAGAUCCGCUUCGUUGGCUUCCAACACGUUCAGUCAGGAGAGCAUAUGGCUGCCAUGGGUGUUUUCUUCCUCUUGCAGGUGUUCUUCUUUGUCCAGUGGAUAAAAUCUCUGCUGCCGGACCCAAAACUGUUCCAGGCCUUCUUGAAGGUGACCCUCAUUGCGGCAGGGUCUGUUGGGGGUCUGGCAUUGAUUAUUGGCAUGGCAACGGGGUAUAUUUCUCCGUGGACUGGUCGGUUCUACUCCCUCUUGGAUCCAACGUACGCGAAAGAUCAUAUCCCGAUCAUUGCAUCCGUGUCUGAGCAUCAACCGACAACGUGGGCGUCGUUCCUUUUUGAUUACCACAUCCUCAUGCUUCUGUUUCCGCCGGGGCUCUAUUACUGCUUCAAGAAGGCAAAUGAUGCCACCAUUUUUAUUAUAAUAUAUGGGCUUUUCAGCCUUUAUUUUGCUGGAGUAAUGGUUCGACUGAUCUUGGUCGCAACCCCAGCAGUGUGUCUCAUUGGCGGCGUGGGUGCAUCUGCCAGUCUAAAGAACUUUUGCUCGAUUCUACGGGAGAAGGUUUCGACCACAGGCUCCUUGAAGUCCUCCUCCUCCAAGUCGUCUACCAAGGGUGGUUUUGAGCAGCCCCUUCCAUUCCAGAAGGAGAUGGCAAUGGUUGCAGUGAUUGGUGCCAGCUACCUGCUGAUGAACUAUGCUGCCCAUUGUGUAUGGGUCACAUCAGAAGCUUACUCUUCUCCAUCCAUCGUGCUCUCGGCCAGGCAGAGUGAUGGCAGGCGUGUGAUCUUUGACGAUUUCCGUGAGUCCUAUUAUUGGCUGAGGCAGAACACGCCUCCAGAUGCAAAGGUGAUGUCGUGGUGGGACUACGGAUAUCAAAUUACAGCAAUUGCGAAUAGAACUGUGAUUGUUGACAACAACACUUGGAAUAACACACAUAUUGCGACUGUGGGAACAGCUAUGGCUUCCCCAGAAGAGGAAGCGUAUGAAAUCAUGAAGGCUUUGGACGUGGAUUAUGUGCUUGUCGUUUUUGGAGGUGUGACCGGUUACUCCUCGGACGACAUUAACAAAUUCCUCUGGAUGGUGAGGAUUGGCGGUGGGGUGUUCCCUCACAUCAAGGAGUCAGAGUACCUUACGAGCCAGGGAGAAUACCGGGUUGAUAAAGAAGGGACUGAACGGAUGUUCAACAGCCUAAUGUAUAAGAUGUGCUAUUACCGAUUUGGAGAAAUGAGGACAGAAUAUAAUCACGGUCCAGGUUUUGAUCGCGCUCGUGGAGCGGAGAUAGGUCGGAAGGAUUUCAACCUGGAGUAUGUAGAGGAGGCUUUCACAUCGCAGAACUGGAUCGUCCGCAUCUAUAAAGUCAAACCUUUGGACAACAGAUGGUGAGGACAGCAGUUGCUGAAGGUGUCGAAGUUAUGUUGGCGGAGGAAAGAACUGUCGUACUCUUGAAGUUUUGCCGAUUGGUCCUUUUGAUGAGCCUGAAAUGCAAGACUGCGCCCAAGGGAGAUGCUUCCCUCACGGCGUCUCUUUUGUCCCGUAGCAACCCGCGCUGGUUAACCACUUAGUGUAACCGGAGAGAGCUCACUCAGAGUUAUGGGGGUGUUCCGUGAAUAGCGGUGGGGGGUGUUCUUGCAGUCCAGAAGAUGAGUGUUUGCCGUUUUCUCCGGGACCUGGAGGAGGGUGGUACACCUUAUCGCAUGGAAGUUUUGUCGAGGCCUGAAAGGUUGCUUCCUACCAAACAGCAGUUUCACGAGAUCGAAGACAGGUUCUUUCCUCUCUCUCUUUCUCUCUCUCAUGGAAGGUGCUGGACUGCUGCUGGAUGUAACCAAUUGUUGCUUGCGAUAGAUACCCCAAUAACCGACGGGUGUGUGUGUUGAGGAGGUCACCUGGUGGAUGCAAAGAUUAGGCAAGCAACGUUGGGAAGGGAGCGGUAGCUCUCCAAGCGAACGGCCUUUCUGUUGCUGUGCAAUUUUUGAUGGUGGCAUGGCGGUUAAUUGUUCUUGGUGCAGCCAAGCGAGGGUUUGAGAUAAGGAGGUGGAGGCUUUUCCGAGAAGAGUGUUGUUGCGAUUUCCGUGUGAUCUGAAAAAAGCUGCGGCUGGCUUUCUAUGGGAGUAGCUGAGUUUGGUUUCUUCUUCAGCAUAUGUGUGUGGGUUUGCGUGCUUGCUUGCAUGUUUUGAUCUCAUGGAGUGUGGCAUGCAUUUUGCAAUCCCUCUCGCUGUGCAUUCUCUUCAGUGCGAUUUCGCUUUUAGGUUGUCCCAAGUUUUUCACUGUGCUCUCACUUGAAGUUUGUUCAGUUUCUUCAGCUUGUACUCUUGUGCAUUUUCUUUUCUUCAGCUUGUACUCUUGUGCAUUUUCUUUUCUUCAGCUUGUACUCUGUGCAUUUUCUUUUCUUCAGCUUGUACUCUCUCACUUGUGUUUUGUGCAUGUUAUUCAGUGCAGUAGCACUUGUAGUUUGCUUAUGUCCGUCAGUGUACUCUUCCUUGUAACUCUUGGCCUCUCCUUGUAUCAUGGUAGCAGAGCCUACAUUAUCUGCUCUCCUCAGUGAUUGUCCCACUCAUUUCUGAAGUGCUCCGUUCAUUAUGUCUCUCUCUCCUUUUUUUUUAUGUUUGUCAUCCAGCGCAGGGGCGAUGCUAAUCUUCUCUGCAUCGUUCCAAUUUUAACGGAUGUCCCUAAGGACAUGUCUGCCUUAUUUUUGUUUGUUGGCGCCUUCGUGUUCAUCUGCCUUAUUUUUGUUGUUGGCGUCUUUGUGAUCAUCUGCUUGUCCGACUGUCCAUUGGAUCAUAUUGAGGUCAACUCAAAUUCACAUCUCGAUCUUCACGGAGCAUACAUAUGGCCUGCGUCGAUUUAGAUGUUGAAAUGUGUUGUAUCGGGUGGCUAGUGCGUUUCCUGGUAUGGGAAACCAUGCCAUGUUCACACUACUGUCUUCCCCUGAAUACAACACCACAUAAUGGCCAGAUUCGUCAGGACACAACAAAUGAUCAUCAGGUCGUGAGUGUGUUCCCUGGUAUGGGAAGCCAUGCCAUGUUCACACUACUGUCUUCCCCUGAAUACAACACCACAUGAGGACCGGGUUCGUCAGGAUGCAACAAAUGAUCACCAUGACU